UGUUAAUAGAACUGUAUUAUUGAAACUUGAUUGUGACGUUGUUUAAACAAAUUUCAUCCAGUUUUUGUAUAUUGCUGCAUUCUAAACUGUAUUUAAUAAUGACAAAGGAUAGAGAUAUGGACGUAUUUGAAAACAACGAAAUGCAAAAUUGCCAGAAACCAAAAUAUGCCUUUUCGGAACUUUUAUCAUUAGGAAUUAAUAAAGGUACACAGUCAGAACCGAAUUCUCGGACAAGUUCUUUAAAGAAAAAACGGAGGCAUACAAGCGAUUUUGUACAAAAGGAUUCACACAGGAACUGUCCACAUUUAUCUCCGGUCACAAAGUCAAAAUCAUCUAGUGACUUGAUUGCAAACGAAAUUAAAAAACAAUUUAAACGAGUACGGUCUUUCAAACUAACAUCGGAUGGACUUUUAAACGAUAGGCUUCAAUGUCGUCGAAGAAAAAGCAGUGGUUCAUCAGUAUCAUCUCACUAUAGAUCUAGACUUACAAGUGACGCCUCAAUAGAAAGUUCUACUACUUGGAGUUGCUCAUCAUCUUGCUCAACUGGAUACUACAGGAUACAAAUAAUGGGUGCUCAUGGUGUUGGUAAAACUGCACUGGAAAAUCGCUUUAUGAGCUCAGAGUACAUGUCUUCGUCGGAAGUUAUAAUCGAUGAAUAUGACGAAAACACACUCUCUGUUGUAGUCGACAAUGAGGAAUCUACAAUGGAAUUCAUAGAUUUUGCAUCCGUUGAGAAUGAUGAUCUACCAGCUGAUGCAUACAUUGUUGUGUUCUCUGUCCACGAUAGCGAUUCGUUUACAAUAGCAGAGGGAUUUCUACAUUAUCUGCGCAAUGAACUUGACAGUGAUAGACCUAUUAUAUUAGUUGCAAACAAAAUAGAUCUAGUCAGGAAACGACAAAUAACCAAAGAAGAAGCACGUCAACUGGCCAAAGAAUUCGAUUGCAAAUACAUAGAAACAUCAGCUGUCUUAAAUCACAAAGUUGACGAACUAUUAGUUGGAAUAUUGAAACAAAUACAACUUAAACUCAACCCAGAAGCCAUUGAAAAAGCAGUAAUGCUUUCACAGGACAAAGUGAAAAAGUAUUCAUCAUGUAAGGGUCCAAGAAAACUUCUCAAUAAACUCUUUAGAAAAAACUCGAAACCGUUAUCGCGAUGUGAAAAUUUGUUUGAUCUGUGAUUUUAUUAUAUAUUGUAUGCAUUUAUGGAUGACUAUAAAUUGUUUUAGACGAAAUGUAAUAUAUACAAUACAUUUGUAUAUUGUAUUAACGUAGGGUUAUACUGAUUAUGAUAGAUAAGUUAACUUUACGUUUUGAGAAACACAUUGAAAAUACAUUCAUAAACGUUAUAUAUCAUCAGUAUGAAGGUAUAUGCAAAUAUCUUUGUAAACACCAUGUUUUCUGUUUUUAAUAGCAAUAAGACAAAUCACACGUCAAAGUGCCUACUACUGUUUGAAUAGAACAUUCAUUUUGCCCUUAUUAUUUUAAUUUUUAUGUUUUCAAAUUUUGAUCAUUUCAUUUUGUUUAAUACCUUGCAGUCGGGCAGGUAUUUUUAUGUGUUCGAUAUUGUAUUUAAAUGGAUACACAUAAUAACAUGCUAUGUUACAUUAUCAAGUUUGAUGUAUUUGUUAUGUAUUUGUAUGUGGUUAUACCAUAUUAUUUGAAUAAGA